GGUAAAAUGAUAUAAAUAACUGGUUGGUUCUAGUAGAAAAAUCAUAUGACAUUCAUUAUCAAUUGUAAAUUAAAUCAAUCGCUUAUGACACGUGAGUAAAAAAUCUAAUUUUUUUUACUGGAGCCAGCCAGUUAUUUAUCGUUCUACGAGUUGCAAGUAUUAUUCGACGAACAGGUGAGUGAGUGAGAUCAAUAAUUCUUCUCUUGUGCAGAGGUAGAUUCUUCCUUCUGAUUCUGAGCAGGUUAUGUUAUGUGUUUCUUGAUGUUGAUGUUUGCUGAUGUCUGGCGAAAACUUGGAUAAUAUCAGAGAGGAAAUCUCUGCUUCGGCGGCGUGCAUGUUCUAGAGGGCGAUGGACAUUUUCGUGCGGCACGAAGUCCCAUAAGGCUGCCACUCAUUAGUAAUCUCUCUUCAGUGGUAUUGUUUUAUAUAUAUGUUGCACUUAGAUAUUUCCUUUUCCAGGCAUUUCUGAUUGUGACCAUUCUAAAGAUUCUAAAAUGUUUUAACGUCGACGUCAACUCUAUUAGUGAUUAUAAUGAAAUAAUAUUAUUGUGUUAAGGUUUAAAACAUAAAUACGUUUUAAUAAGAAGUACUAACAGCUAGAAUUAAUAACCAAUGAUGAACAUAAGUUUUCUAAGGCCUCAGUUUAUGGAGCUAACUAGGUUACUAAAGCAUGUUAGAUAUUUACAUAAUUUGAAAAGUUACAAAAAUGUUUUAUUACCAUCGAAGUCAACGAACAUAUACGUUAGCUUUUAUGAUUCUUCAUUUAAGCUGACUUGUGAAAGAAAAUUUUCUACUGCAAAUGCUUUAUUCAAAAGUAAAGAUCGCUAUAAAGAGAAGAAAACAGUGGUGCAUGUUGAUCUGAAUGAAAUAGCAGAUGUUGUAAAGGUGGAUCGGAUGAUGACACAAUUCAAUGGUGCUAUCGAAAGUUAUAAAGAGCAAAUGAUACAACAUCUAGGAGUACGUACAAGGGCAGGUUCCAUAGAAGGCUUGACUGUAAUGUUCGAGGAUGAGGAAUAUAAUCUUGAGGAACUUGUAGAGAUUAGUCGAAAGCCUAAUAUGCUCAUACUGAAUGUAUCUGCAUUUCCACAAAUAAUUCCUAGUAUUUUAGAGGCCCUUCGUAAAUCUCAAAUGAAUUUAAAUCCUCAGCAAGAAGGUACAACUAUUUAUAUACCACUGCCAAAAGUUACUAAAGAACAUAGAGAACAGUUAGCAAAAACUGCGAAACAAUAUUUUGUUAAAUGCAAAGAGAAAAUUAGUGAUAUAAGAAAUGAGCACUAUCGAGACCUAAAAAAGAAACAAGAUUAUCCAGAGGAUUUAAUUUUUAAAGCCGAAAACUAUAUAAAUGCUCUGCAAAAAGAAUAUGUUCAAAAAGCAGAACAGUUAUUGAAAGCAAAACAAAAAGAACUAUUGGGAGAAUCAUAAUUGUAAUCGUCUUUUAUGUAUUAAAAAUGCGUGACUUUUCAUUUAUUUUGGUAUUAGAACAAAUGUAUAUAAUAAAUCUCGCCAAUUAUUAUCAUUACUUUUGUAUUUACAUUUUCUUUUUAUAAUAAUUUAUACCUAGAAAGUGAAGCUUCCUUCCAGUAUCACUUAGUAAAAUCCUUAACAUUUAUUUCUACAAAUAAUUCAUCAUUGUGUAAUGUAUGAGAACUCAUAGAAAAAUAAAUGUGAAUGUAUAAAAAAAUAGAAUAACUGUGAUUUUAGGAUUAACGAUAUGUAUACAUUUUACGUACUCUUCUAUGAAAUUUGUUAAAACAAUAUCGAGUAAAAUAUACGGUUGAAAAUAAUAAAUGGAGAUGAAGAUGCGCAAAAAUAAAAAUUGGACCUCGUAAGAA